CGAGCAGUAUCGUUCGGUGCGCGCGUAGAACAACGUCUGACUCUCCUCGCGCCGUCGAUAAGAGAGAAAGAGGGAAUCGCUCGUGCACACGCGCGCACGCGACGCCCUCCUCCUCCACCCUUCUUUUUUCCUCGGUAUUACGAUAUACAGUGAUAUUAACGUUUUAAAAGGAAACACUCGUGAUAUAUCAUUUCGGGAGACGUUUGCUGUUUUCUAGAGAGAUAGAUAAAAUAUACGUCGUGCAAUUGAAAAAUUAUAAUUUUAUUCUAUUCUUUUGGGCAAAGAGACAGACGGAGAAAGAGAUCGUUGGGAUAAGAAAUUGUGAGUUCCCUUAACAAAAUCGUUGUAGUUAUGUAGAGUAAGGAGAAAGAUAGAUAGACAGAGAGAGAGAGGGAGAGAGAGAGAGAAAGAGUAGAGCGAUGGAAGAGAGAAACGGGCUGUCUUUAAAACGCUGUCUAAUAAUAGGGCGCGCGCGAGUGUACUAAAGCGCCUAUAAAUAUACCCACCACCGCCCGUGGAAACUCGAGCCCGUGGACUUGGCGGUGCAACCUGCCGUGCUAAGGAUAAUAGGAAAAAAAGGAGUGAGACGGAAAGAAGAGAGAGAGAGAGAGAGAGAGAGGAAACGAGAACGAAAGAGAGAAGAAAUCGUAUGCGAUAUUAAUUAAAAUUUCUAAGGAUAUAGAAUAAAACGUAUCGUCCGUCCCAAAGAAGUUUCAAAUCUACGUCGAAUUUACUUUGCGACGGCUCCACGAAGGGUCUUUGUUAUUAUAAGAUCGUACUUUUACGUUACUCUCGUGUCAUCGUCUCAAGUAUCAUCGCAUAAUAUCGUUUGACGAAACGAGAUUUUGGAAUUUAUCAAAAAGUGUUACUGUGUUUCAAAUUUUACCGAGAAGAGAAGUCGGAUGCCGGCAUGCAGCAGCAACAGCAGCAGCAGCAGCAGCAGUUACCGGUCGUUCUCUCUAUCAGCGAUGCUCUAAAAAUAUCACAACCGUUCUUCUCCUGUCUCCUUUCACGAAAAGUUUCCGCGUUCCGUGUCUCCUUCACGAGAGCUAACUUUCCAUGAUCGGCAAAAGGCGACGAAACGUUCAACGUCGUCGUUGGCGACGAUCGUACGACGUGCUAACAUUUAUCGCGUCGCGAUCAUAAAUAGUAAUAAUAGUAGUAACGCUAACAACAACAACGACGACGAUAAUAACGAUAAAAGAGAAAAUAUAAUAAAUAUACUCACAAUUACGAAGAAAAAGAAGAAGAGGAAGAAGAAGAAGAAGAAGAAGAGGAAGAAGAGGAGGAGGAAGAGGAGGAGACGCGAUGAUCAUCGAUCGGUGCGGGCCGCGUAAUUCGUCGUGGAUAGUCGCGAAGUUUGCUACGAGCGAUAUGUCGCGAACUUCGCAUCAAAGUGUCGAAAACGCGCGGAAAUUUCGUUCGUUCGAAUAGGGGGUAGUGUUUGUACGAAUAAGUAAAUAUUUAAAUCGAGUAAAUACGUAAGUAAGUAAAAAAGAAAAGAAAAUUAAGAAAAGAAAGAAAGGAAGGAAGGAAGGAAGAAAUCUACGAAAUUACUUUCGUAAGAGAUAAUACAAAAGUGUGUUAAUCCAGGAAGAAAAGGGGUUACGUUAGACUAGAAGCAAACGAGGAAGAGGAAGAGGAAGAGAAAGGCGGAGUAGUAGCAGUGGUGUAGGAAAAGAAAAGAAAAAAAAGAAAGAGAGUAGAGAAAGAAAGGAAAAAAAAAGGGAAAGGAGAAUGACGCGAUGAUGGCCUACGGAGGAAGCGCUGGUAACGGUGGAGGCGCGAUGGGACCUUCGGCUGGUGGCGGAGGCGGUGCUGGUACGACGGACGUUUUAGGCUCGACCAGCGAUUAUAGUCCUCAAAGCACGCCGACGCCACUCUCGGCCUCGCAUUCGUCCGCUGGCGUCGAGGCGGCGGCCGCGGUUACGAGCUACGGUACUGGUACCACCGGGACGACGAGCAAUUACAGUCCCCAGGACAGUCCCGCCAGCUCGGCGGGCGGUGCUACCAACAACGGACAACUUCCGACAUUCGGUUUCACCCAGGAACAAGUUGCCUGUGUUUGCGAGGCGAUGGUGUCGAAUGUUCAGGUUCUCCAGCAAGCAGGCUCCGUGGAAAGGCUUGGAAGAUUUCUCUGGUCUUUACCGGCUUGUACGAGAUUACACAGAAACGAGAGCGUUCUAAAGGCAAAGGCUAUAGUCGCUUUCCAUCGUGGCCAAUUCAAAGAGCUCUACAGGAUUCUUGAGAGCAAUACCUUCAGUGCGCACAAUCAUCCAAAACUUCAGGCUCUUUGGUUGAAGGCACAUUAUAUCGAGGCUGAGAGACUUCGAGGGAGGCCACUCGGUGCGGUCGGAAAAUAUCGAGUCCGUCGUAAGUUUCCAUUGCCAAGAACGAUAUGGGACGGCGAAGAAACGUCUUAUUGCUUCAAGGAGAAAUCAAGGAGUAUCCUGCGGGAAUGGUAUGCUAACAAUCCUUAUCCAUCGCCGCGAGAAAAACGUGAAUUGGCUGAGAACACGGGUCUGACGACAACUCAAGUUAGCAAUUGGUUUAAGAAUCGUAGACAGAGAGACCGUGCGGCGGAACAUAGCGGUCAAAGGGAAGACAAAACUCAUGGUGGUGGUCUUGGUGACUCCAGUAGUGAGUCUGGCGAUGAAGCCAAAAGACAAUCCGUCGUUCAACAACAACAGCAACAACAACAACAACCGUCGGCUUGUGCCGUUCAACAACAACAACAACAACAGCAACAGCAAAUGGUCGAACACCAACAAACUUCGAGUAUGUACCAAUUACCACCUCCUGCUGCGGUCUCAAGUCCUCACUCCUAUCAUCAGACUCAUGGUACAAGUCUGAGUCAUCCGCAUACACCCACCCAUCAUAUGCAACAUCAUGACACCAGCAGCGAGAGCGGCGACGACAAGAGAAACCUCCACCAUCAGUUGCAACAUCAUCUUCAGGUUGGUGCACACGGUACCCAUGGUCUUGUUCAUCCUACGGCGACCUUACCACCGCCGCCGCCAAGCUGUGCUCAACAGAAGAGCCAACUUGAUUAUAUGCAGUAUUAUAGCCCUCAGGAUUACCUGAUAGGCACGCCCACCUCGGCGGAUCUGCAGAAGUCGCUUCCUCACACGGCCACGUCAAUGCAGAUGGGUGCUAUAGCACCUUCGAUGGGUGGCCUAAGCCCGAUGGCACCUUCGACGAUGUUACAGAACACUAUGCAGGGCGUGAACAGCAUGAAUACCAUGUCGAUGAACGGUAUGGGAAUGGGAGCCUAUCAGGGAAUGGGUUCGAUGGGGAUGUCGACGUCGCAUACGAGUUACCACAGUGGACUCGUCUUAGGCGAUUAUCAUUCGUUGUGACCUUGGGCUCCGAACGGUCAGAGUAAAAGGAAUCCAGAAAAAACUUAAGGAUAAACGAACUUCCGAAACGAACUCAGCUAUUCAUCCAUAUAUAUAUAUAUAUAUAUAUAUAUAUAUAUAUAUAUAUAUAUUGGAUCCAUCCGAUUUUACUCGAUUCACUAUCACCAAAGUGGUAUGUCUCGAGGCUCUCUCGAGUUGAGAAAACAAAUAAAAUACCGCAUACAGUAUCCGUUAUUUUCAAUACGAAGGUGUGAAGCUUUUUUAUACUAAACUUUGUUGUUAUCGCGUUGAUCGAGAAGUAAUUCUAAAGCACUCGUUGUUUAACCGAGAAAUCUUCGAUGAUCUUGAAAUCUUCUCUUGAUCGCCUCAGUCGUGUGGAGUCUCUCGAAAGACCGCUUAGGUGAUCGGCUCGUACGCUUCUGGAUAAAAUAGCAAAAGACAUGUUAGCAUUUUUCAUUAUCCCUAUUCUUUAUAGAACCUUCGCACGUAGCAAGGAACAUCGUACUAUAAUCCUAAUCAAGGAACGAACAGGUUCUUUUAUUUUUGCGAUUCUAACUAAUUCUUCCUUUGUAAUCUCUCUCUCGUAUCGUACAAUUGUAAGUGAUUAAGAGAUAGCACAAUCUGUAAGUGCGAGUGCUUUGGUUCGUUUACAGCGUUUGUAAGUCAUUUGAUGAAAAGUAAGUUAUUUGACAAACAAAUCGAUGUUUCCUACCAAAUGAAUUAUUUUUUUUUUUUCGGAGAGGGGUGAUUUAAAAGAAAUUAUUUUAUGUAGAAAAAUCGUAAAAAGUUCGUUGAUUGAUCUAAAGCGUGUAUAUAUAUAUAUAUUAUAUAAUUAGUUCUAGACGCCAUAACGAAUCACUGCACUCUAUCACUCGAAAUACACACAACACAUCCUUUUUAACAUACUUACACAUGCUACACGUGCGUACGCUUCUGUCUGUUUGUCUUUGUCUAUCUAUCCCUGACCUCUUCCUGUAUAUAUGUAGAUAUAUUGAAUAUGUAUUCAACGCACGUUUCUUAAGUUCUCGAAUAAUCAUACCUGUGAACAAGAAAUGUGUGAAGUCACGCACGGCGGUUAUAUUAGAAAAAGAAAAAAAAAAGAAAAAAAAAAGAUUCGCACAGUUUUAUUCGCUAAAACGAGAACACGUACCGUCGCAAUCUAAGUUAGUCAAGUAAGUUGUCAUUUAUUCGCAAUUCACGGUCUUCUGUAUAUAGGGUAUGUACAUGCGAGAUGUAUGUAUGAUGUGUAUGUAUGUAUGUAUGUAAUGUAUGUAUGUAUGUAUGAGAAGAGUCUCUUUGUAUGUAUGUAUAUGUGUCUCUGCUUGCAAAGAUAGUAUGAUGCAUGCAAGUAUGCGUGAAAAAAAGAAAAGAAAUAAAUAAAAAAAUAGAGACAACAUCGAAGGAAAGAAGAGGAAAAAAAGACAAAAAAAAUAGAUGGAAAAAACAGCCAGUGAUCGUCGAGUUAACUUCUUUAGAAGAACGCCUCUCUUCGUGCUAAUGUAUAUCCUUAAAUAUUCCAUUAAAUUAGCAAGCAUUAUGUUGUCGUGUUUGACAGAGUACGUAUGUAUGUAUAAGGUGUGACUGAUGAUAAAGGGAAAGGAUCACCUUUUCUACUCGAAGGAUCCUCGGGACGAAACAGGGUAAGAAAGAAUGUAAAGAUUAUACAGAGAACACAGAUGAGAAUGUUUAAAUAAUAUAUAGGAUGUCAUCUGAUUGCUGGUAUUAUCGUAAUAACAAUUAUUGUAAUCCCUUCCUGAAACGAAGAGAGAAAGAAAAAAAAGUUAAAAAAUUAAAAAUUAUAAUGUUGCUUCUCUCAUAUUUUGGAGCUACGGUUCUUUAUUCACGAGAUUAUUUAUAUUGAUUUGGUUUCAAUAUUUCAAUUUGGAAUUGUUAAUUAAUUUGUUUAAGAGAUAAAAUAUCUUAUUUUCUCGAUCGUGUCAUCAAUCAUGUAACGUUCUGUAUAUAUUUUAUAUAUAUAUAUCGCCUUUAAAUAAAUCGGUAAGAUUGUGACAUCCGAUGUUAGAGAAAAUGCGAUUGAUCGAAAUCAGCUUAUCGUUUUAUAAGAUAUGUUCAUAUUUUUUUCUCCCCAAAAUGUUCUCUUUUCUUGAGAUUAACACGUUUUAUAAUAACUUUUAAUGAAAUCAGUCACAACAGCAAAAUAAAAAUAAAGAAACAUUCUUGAUCAGUCGCAAAAUCUUUCGAAAAUUUAUUUGCUUAUUGAUUUUGCAGCGAAAGAUAUAUUUUCGAUUAACGCACAAAUAUAUACAAAGAAGAAAAAAAAUAAGAAGUAUGCUUCAUACGCUACAAUAUUAAAAUAAAAAAAAAAGAACUUGCACACACACCACACACACACACACACACUGUCACAGAACAUUCCGAAUAAAUGUCUUGUAUUAAUUAAAAAUUAAUUAACACGUGAUAUAACUAGAAAUGGACGAAAUGUUAUCGAGAGAAGCUAAUUAUUUUAAUAAUUCUUUUUUUGUUCUCGCUGCAUAUAGUAAACAAAAAGUUGUUUUUUUUUCUUUUCUCUUUUAAAGCGAACUCGGCCAUUAAUUCGUCUUAAUAUUAUUUAUAUUAAUUUUUUCAAAAGCUCUCGCUUGAUAAUUCUGCUUCAUUCUCAAUAGUUGCAAUUUUACUGCUAAAUAAAAAUAUAAUUUAAAAAACUAUUAAAGAUACUUUUGAAAUUGCGAUAUAAGUUAUAUUUAUAUACAUAUAUUUUGUUAUGUCCACGAAUAAUAAGAGGCACUAUAAAACAAUAGCAUAAAAAACGUGUUAAUCUACAUAAACUAAAAAAAAAAAAAAAGAAAUAA